AUGGCAUUGCUUCAGGGUCAGCGGCUGCUCCAGAGGAGCGGGAUGCAGGCGAAGGUCUGCAUCUUGCAGCUGCGGCAGGCGAGCAAGGCCAGCAGUGGCAGCAGGCGCGCUGCACGGGUGACCGCCGCCGCCACUCAGGUCGCGGAGGCGCCCGCCCCUGCAGUUGCCACCGGAGAUAAGAUCAAGGUCAGGUUUGCGCCGUCCCCCACCGGCAACCUCCACGUCGGCGGCGCGCGCACCGCGCUGUUCAACUGGCUGUAUGCGCGCAAGGUCGGCGGCAAGUUCGUGCUCAGGGUGGAGGACACCGACACCGCGCGCAGCACGCGUGAGAGCGAGGAGGCGAUGAAGGAGGACCUGCGGUGGCUGGGGCUGGACUGGGACGAGGGGCCGGACGUCGGCGGUGACAACGGGCCGUACCGCCAGUCUGAGCGCGCCCAGAUCUACAAGGAGUACGUUGACCAGCUGGUUGCCAAGGGCGUGGCGUACCCCUGCUUCUGCACUGAUGAGGAGCUUGAGGCGAUGAAGAAGGAGGCGGAGGAGAAGAAGCUGCCGCCCAUCUACAGGGGCAAGUGGUCCAGCGCCAGCAAGGAGGAGGUUGAUGCUAUGCUGGCCUCAGGGGCGACCUGCUGCUACCGCUUCAGGGUGCCGCCGGGCAAGGAGAUCUUCAUCGACGACAUCGUGCGCGGCCGCGUCACGUGGAACACGGACACGCUGGGUGAUUUCGUCAUCCUCCGCUCCAACGGCCUGCCGGUCUACAACUUCUGCGUCGCCAUCGACGACGCGCUCAUGGGCAUCACCCACGUGCUGCGCGCCGAGGAGCACCUGCCCAACACGCUGCGCCAGGUCCUGAUCUACCAGGCCCUGAACUUCACGCCCCCUGCCUUUGGCCACAUGAGCCUCAUCCUCGCGCCCGACAAGAGCAAGCUCUCCAAGCGCCACGGCGCCACCAGCGUCGGCGAGUUUAAGCAGCAGGCGCGUGCGGCGCUGCGCGGCACGGGGAAUGGGGGCGCCGGGUUGCGUCGGCUGCCUGCGGCAGCCCCUUGCCUGCGGCAGGGCGGCGUCGCAGGGCUGCGUUCAGGGGGCUUCCUGGCCCCCGCGAUGGUCAAUUACCUGUCGCUACUGGGCUGGAACGACGGCACCGAAAAGGAGAUAUACAGCGUGGACGAGCUGCAGACCGCCUUUGCCCUCGAGCGCAUCACCAAGUCGCCCGCCGUGUUUGACCGGGUCAAGCUGUCCUGGAUGAACGGCCAGCACCUGCGCGCUCUGCCCGAGGAGGAGCUGCUGGGCCGCAUCGGGGCCGCGCUGGUCGCUGACGGCGUGGUGACGUCACCGGACAGCGCGUUCGCAAAGGCCCUGGCUGGGCUGGUGAAGGGCAGCGUGGAGCUGCUGACGGACUGCGCCGCUCAGGCGCGGCCGCUGCUGUCCUACCCUCUGGCUGAGACCGUCGCCUCUGAGGAGUUCAAGCCGUUCCUGGAGGACAACUUUGCUGAGGUGGCGCAGGCGGUUGUGGCCGCCUCCGACAGCGGCGAGCUGGCGGCCGCUGUGGCCGCGGGCCACGACGGCUACAAGAAGUGGGUCAACUCAGUGGGCAAGGCGCAGAAGCGCAAGGGCAAGCGGCUGUUCAUGCCCAUGCGCGUCGCGUUCACGGGCCGCAUGCAGGGGCCGGACGUGGGCGACCUGCUGCCUGCCCUCGCCCUGGCGGGCGACGGCGACGUGGCGGAGAGCAGCAGCUUGGUGCCCCUGGCGCAGCGCGUUGAGCAGCUGCGCGAGUGGGUCGGCAAGCAGCAGGCGUGA